CCUUGAUAAAUCAACAUGGGCAGAGACAACAGAGUCCACUAUCUUAGAAAGCAAUCAUGGGCAACUAAGAGCAACAAAUUCAGAAAAGUAAAAACUCCAGGAAGAAGGAUUACCAUCCAAUACAGGGCAAAGAAAUGCAAGGGACCACAGGAGGGUGUUACUGGUUUGUAACCAGGACCAUUGGCUGGUAUCCCCCACCUCAGACCAGGUGCUUUCAGAAGACUAAACCACAACACCAGAACCGUCUCCAGACCAUAUG